AUGAUCGCCUUCGUAUUCGCGACGCUGGCGCCACCACCUCUCCUCGCCGAUUGCCACACCGACCGCUCCAUCGGAGUCACCUCCUGCGUGCGGCGACUCGGCUCGGCUCGGCUGGUCUGCGUCGUCGCGGCGCCUGACCGUGACACAUGCUCGCGUAGCAGCUGCGCGUCCUUCUGCGCUUGGAGAGACGGCGGCAUCUGGCUGACGCGUGGUGGCGCCGCCGUCGCCGAGCCGCCCUGUGGGCAGCGCUGCCCCGGCGCCACAGCCGCCGCGGACGCAGCAGCGGCGCUGCCAGCUGCAAUUGGCAAAGCCACGGCGGAGAGGCGCUCGCUCGCCUGGUACAGAAAAGAGCCGAAGUGGGCCGGCGGCGUUGUCCGCUGGUUCUACCCGACGGCCGCCCAGAUGGAGAGUCUUGGCAUCCGAAUCGAUGUCGAUGGCAAUCCUACCGGCCAAUGGGCUGCGGAGGAGGCCGGGGUUGGCCACUUCCGCGCCGUGGUGGAGUCUGCGAUGGCGAGCAUCAUGGAGCGGACCUGCGUCUGCUUUCUCGAGGUGGACCCGGACGAGACAAACACGAGCUCGCCAAGGUACAUUGAUCUUCAAAGCGACACCGCUCGGAUCGUCAUCUCGGGCAUGGGAAAUAUUAUUGGCGCCUCGGCGAGCACCUGCGCGGGCGCAGCAACCGUGGGCGCCCACCCUCCGGCCUCCGUCGGGUUAUGGUAA